AUGUCACAACAUCAAACUCCAUCUGGUUCAAAAACUACUAAGCAUACUCACAAGGAUAAAACUCCUUCCAUGGACUUUCUCGAUGAUGAAAUUUUGGAUGUGGUUCCUCUAUUUGUUAUUCCAGGCGAAGCCCCUGACUCAAACCAUCCCAAGGAUGUGUCUGCUUCUGCAUGCCCCACUCAAGGUAACAACUCUAGUAUCCCUUCUAGCUCUACUCAUGCCACUAGUUCUAAGGAAGAUAUGCACCACACUGAUCGUGUCAUAAGAAACCUAGUCACUAAAAUCCUCACUGGAGGACAUUCUGUAAAGGGAGUCUCUACUCCUCUGUCUAGAAUGUACCCCUCUCCUGAGGUUGAACCUCAUAGUGAGAAGGAUGAUGAUUCCUCUAGAUUUGAGAAGGAUAUGGCUGAUGAAGUUGAUGUGAAGAAGAGGAAGGUGGGAGAAGUUUCUGAGUCUGACGAAGAUGUUAAGGAAGAUGUCCUUGACAUCUCCCCUGUGAAGAGGACAACUGUGAGGAAGUCCCCUGUGAAAGUUGUUGUUGUGCAUUUGGACAAUAUCUCUUUCCAUCGUGAAGAUGGAGCUGCCAAAUGGAAGUUUGUGAUCCAAAGAAGGGUGGUUGUAGAAAGAGAGUUAGGCAAGGAUGUUGUUGAGGUCAAAGAGGUCAUGGACCUAAUUAAGAAUGUUGGGUUAAUGAAGACUGUGGCUGGGUUAUCUCAGUGCUAUGAGGGAUUGGUUAAGGAAUUCAUUGUCAACAUUCCUGAAGAUAUUGCUCAUAAAAACAGCAAGGAAUUUUGUAAAGUUUUUGUGAGAGGGAAGUGUAUCACAUUUUCUCCCACUGUCAUUAACAAGUUUCUAGGAAGAGGCAUAGAAGGUGCAUGUGAACUGGAAGCUACAGACAAUGAGGUUUGUAGGGAAAUUACAGAAAGUCAUGUCAAAGAUAUUGUCAUGACAUCUGCUGUGAAAAAGCCAGCCUCAAAAGGUGGACUUAUUGUUGAGCUGAAGGAAGUGUGUAAAGAGCUCGAUGUAGGAAUAAGGGUAGCAAUAGCUAGGAAAGAAUCAUUGGAUGCCAUGAUUGCAAGCUUGGAGCAAGUUGAAGGUGAGAAUACUAAACAGGCGAAGGAAGCUGAAGCCCAAACCUCUAGUCAGAGGUCUGCAACUAAAGAUGAUACAAGUGGUAAUUCUGUUUCUGAUGCUGAUGAAGAUGCAAACUCAAGCUCCUAUGAUUAG